GCCGUCUCCUGCGAUGAAGGACACUGCUGGCCCGUCCCACACCAAUGGCGCUGCCCAUGGUCUCGCUCACUUAACUCUGGAUCCUCCCAGUCCGCCAGAGACAGCCUGUGCUACGCCCCUAGCAUCUCCUCGCCACCUCCAUGCACCCGCAUCCGAAGGCAAAUCUCCUAGGAGGGAUGCCCGCACAUACCAUGGACGAACACAUUCUCCAAUCUCGGAAGACCCGAUACCUGACCUCGCCACCCUCACUCCUCUGAGGGCCCACUAUCUCAAGAAGCAGCUGAUUACCCUCCAGUUCCAGCGAGAGCUCGAUGCCCUCAUCGCUGCUCCGCCGAACAGUAUAUCCCCCUUUUCCUACCUCGGGCACCCAUUCACCCCGCUGCCAAAGGAUGCACCAAAGCUUGAGCUGCCCUUUCUACGAUACUGUUUCCGUCAUUUUGUCCUCUCCUUCCCGUUCCUCGCCGCCGCCCCGCGGGACUUCUUCCCUGAAAAGCUGCAGCCCUUCCUCGCUUCCAUGCUGUCUCGCAACAUGACUACGACGUCCAUACUGGACGAGGAUCCUGACGACUCGGAGGAGACCGCCCGCCACAAGCUCGUCGCCAAGUUUGAGCGCAACGCUGCAAUGCUCAUGACGAGCGGGACCAAGCUCGUCGAGAAGGAGGAGGUCGUCCGUCUUACCCAGCAGGACCUCGACCGGCUCGAGAUGAUUGCAAAGAGGGUUGCGGCUCGCGAGAAGCGGAUGAGGGACAUGUUUGAGGUGAAUGUCGUCUGUGUGCGGGCCGUCACAGAGAAGGGGCGUGUACGAAGUCGGGUCCACGAGGAAUUUAUCGUACGCACACGGCGAUCUCACCACCCAGACGUGUACGUCUCCCGCCGGUAUGGCGACUUUAAGACACUUGCAGAUGAGCUCCGCAAGGCUCAUCCGAGCGAGUCUGUCCCAUCUCCUCCUGCCAAGGACCGCACGAUCGUCAACGUCAGCGCAACGUCGAGCUCGAGCUCGUCAGCCUCAAGCCCCAGCAUGCCGGGCAUGUACUCUACGGAGCGGAACUCAAGCGCGGACUCGUUCUCCUCACAGGGGACCAUGAGUCCGACGUCUCCCACGGCGUAUUCCGCGCAGGCCGCGCAGACAUUCACCGGCGGUGCAUCACGGCUUGCACGGGAGAAGAACCGCCUAACGCUGCGUGCGUAUCUGCAUACACUGCUUGCAAUGCCCGUGUUGGCCUCGUCGCCAGUGCUCAAGUCGUUCUUGCUCGCCAACCCGACGCGUCUGUCGCGGGAGGAGAUUGAGGAUGCAAGGAAGCGCGAGGAUGCGGACAAGGUCCGGGAGGAUGGACGAAAGCGGUUCGCGAAAGAGAUUGCGGCCCGUGUGGACGGGCUGCGGGAGGCGGCAAGGAGUGUGAAGGGAGAGUUGUUUGCGAAAGAUGGCUUGACGAAUAUAUUUGCAACGAUCAAGGUUACGGAUGAUAUUCACAAGCUGCCUGCCAACUAUCAGGCUGUCAUUGAGUGGGCGCGUAUCUCACUAGCGUCCACUGUGUUCCAGCACUUUGUUGCCGCGGAUAGUGCUUCGGAGAGCUUUGCUUCUCUCAAACGAGUACACGGUCUCAUGCCAUACUUCAUGCUCAAGACCAUACUCAAGAUCAGUAACCCGAUAGCUAUGAUCCGCAAUGUGCUGGACUUGUUCCUCGCGCAACCGUUUGGCGGGAAAAGCCUUCUGCAAAGAAUGUUCACUGGCUCUCUGCAAGAAGACGUCCGGGCUAUUGAAGAGGACAUCGAGGGUAUCAAGGAGAAUAUCAACGACCCGAUCAUAUGCGAGAAGGUCCGACAGUUCGUGUAUGCGCCUCGCGAGAUUCAGGCUGUAUACAAGUCUGACGCCGCGUCGGAGAACAUCCAUAUACUUGCGGUAGUCUUGCGCUCUGGAGACGAACCACCGCUGUCCCGCGUCCAGCUACAGCGCGUGAUGCGAGCACAUUUCGCAUAUAAGGAGUAUCUCAAGUAUCUCGAGACGCUUGACGACUCGGAUGACGACGAGGGUCCGCAAACGGAGGAAGCGUGGCUGUUCGAAGACCUCAGCGUACUUGCGAGGCUGUACUCCCGUCUGCGAGAAAGAGAGCAGCUGAUCGGGCUGAUAUUUGAGGGCACAACGGCAGAGCUGCUGAAGGACAUCAUCACCAUAUUCUAUGCACCCUUGGCGCAGGUAUACCGGGCCGCCAGCAUCGCCGACUCCCUCAGCGAUCUCCAGAACUUCAUAAACGACCUUAUUCGGACCGUCGAACUGACAGAGGAUCUGAGCCAGCAGGACCCGGCGAAGACGGUGCAGACCUUCAUCGACCUCAUCAAGCGGCACGAGCCGCAGUUCUACCUGUUCGUGCACAAGGUGCACUCCAAGGGAGAGGGGCUGUUCACGAACCUGAUGCGUUGGAUCGAGCGCUUUCUCACACUCAUGCGGGACGGCCUCGGUGAUCGGGUUAGUAUGGAGUUUUUGCUGCCGCAUAUCGGCGGGGAGCGGGAGGAGAUCGUCAAAGAGAUUGACGCGGUUGCGCUGUACCAUUACAAGCUGAAGGUGGCAUACGAGGACAAGGUGCGGAGGCGGUUCGGGCGCACACAGGGGAUGAACGAUGCAGAUGCCGAGGACGAGGUCGCGGCGGAGAUGGUGAAUGGCGUCAUGAAGGACCUCAGCUUCGGCGAGCUCGUUCAAGGCGAGGCGGACGACCUUGCAGCUGAAGACACGGACUCGGAUGAGGACGAGAGCGAUGAUAGCUCGUUCGAGUCUGACGAGAGCUACAGCAAUGGGGGUGGCGAGUAUGGACAGUACCAGCGAGAAGGCCCUUUCAACAGGAAGAGCUCAUCAUCAUCAGCGUCGUCGUCGGUCAAGCGUUCACACACAAUCGCACAUGUUCCCAUCCCGCGAUCUCCGUCAAAGUUAUUUCGCUCCAAGCAGAAGCAACGGGAAGAGCAGCCACAAUUGCCGCUUCGCCACUCACGCUCGUUCUCAACCGUGCACUCCAAUGCGUCGAAAUUGUCGAAAUUGUCAACGCACUCUCAGGAACCGCCCAAGUCGGCCCCCGCAGAUCAGCGCUCGAUGUCGAGGGGCAGGCCUCACUCGACACCGCAGAAGAAGAAGCAGCCGCCUCCGAUCCAGCCGCCGGAGCUGCAUCGUCUUCCAGAGCUACUACCCAUCUUCGUUGAGAUGGUGAGACCCCUGCUCCGGACACAAUGAUAACGACAUCGUUAAGUCUCCAGAUAUCACCGUCACAAAUCUCUAUAGUAGCAACGAGGCUAGUUAGAAUAUCAUUGUACGGACCGUCCGUUACCAUGCCAAUUACCAGACGUUUCAUGUAGGAUCGUCAAGUUUCGGACUCGGAACGAGAAAGUGCAGAGCUAUAUACUACAAAGUUGAUGUAAUUCCAGGAUACGAC